UGUCGAACGCCGAAACUUAAAUCAAACUAGAAAACAGUAGCAGUAGAAUCCGAAAGGGGGGAAAAGGGGAGGAGAGGAAGAAGGGGAAGAAGAGGCAUCGCUUCCCAAUUCCCACUCUCUACCAACUCCGUGUUUAGUAGAAGAAGUCCAUCACGGGCUGGCAAUCCAUCGCAUUCGCGAUCUCCUCUCCCUCGCCCCCCUAUCUCUUUCGCUUUCUACUUCGCUCCCCUCUUCGGUUCCUCUCUCUCAAAAGUCGCGGAUUUGGUCGGGGGAUUGGUGGUUCUUCGGGAGGGUUCGGUGGAUGGUGGACGAGGCGAGGGCGCGGAAGCCCACGCCGGCGGCGGGCAGGGCUUCCGGCGGAGGAGGGUGGCGAAGGGCCGCGGUGCGGACGUGGAUGUUGCGAGUGGGGUCCAGCUUCCUCAUCUGGACGGCGGUCGUGCAGUUGACGUCGGUGUGGCAGCCGCGGCUCCCCAGGUCGUGGCCCGCCGCCUGCUUUGACCGCCGAAGCGCCGGCGCCAACGCCACCGUUGACCUCUCCGUCAUCGGUGGCGAGGAGCACGGUCUGUCCGGGUCCCGCUCCUCCCCGCCCGCCCUCCUUCCGCGGAGAAUUUACAAAAGCAAUGGUUAUCUUAAAGUAUCAUGCAAUGGGGGACUAAAUCAAAUGCGAGCUGCGAUCUGUGAUAUGGUUACUAUAGCACGUCAUCUGAAUCUAACACUAGUAAUCCCUGAACUUGACAAGACAUCUUUCUGGGCUGAUCCUAGUGAUUUUGGUGAUAUAUUCAAUGUAAAUCACUUUAUUAAUUCUUUGAGAGAUGAAGUUAAGAUCAUAAAAGCACUCCCAAAAAAGUUCAGCAGUAAAAUCCGCACUGAACCAUUCACGAUGCCUCCAGUCAGCUGGUCUAGUGAGAAGUACUACUUGAAGCAGAUUUUACCACUUGUAAGGAAGCACAAGGUGAUUCAUUUUAAUAGAACCGAUGCUCGUCUCGCAAAUAAUGGACUUCCUUUACGACUCCAAAAGCUUCGUUGCCGCAUUAAUUAUGAGGGAUUAAGAUUUACACCAGAAAUUGAGGCCCUAGGUGAUAAGCUUAUUUCAAUUCUCCGGAGAAGUGGUUUCUUUGUUGUUCUUCACCUGCGAUAUGAAAUGGAUAUGCUGUCCUUUUCUGGUUGUACACAUGGAUGCUCUGACAAAGAAACUGAAGAACUAACGAGGAUGAGAUAUGCAUUUCCCUGGUGGAAAGAGAAGGAAAUAGUAUCUGAAAAGAAAAGAUUGGAAGGCUUGUGUCCCCUUACGCCUGAAGAAACAGCAUUGGUGCUACGAGCUCUGGGCUUCACAAGGGAUUCCCUAAUAUACAUUGCCUCUGGUGAAAUCUAUGGUGGUGAAAGAAGGAUGGCUGCUUUGAGGGCUUCGUAUCCCAAAAUUGUAAGGAAGGAGAUGCUUCUCAGUGCCGAGGAAUUGAGGCCUUUUCAGAAUCAUUCAACUCAGAUGGCUGCGUUGGACUAUCUGGUAUCUGUUGCAAGUGAUGUUUUUGUCCCCACUUACGAUGGGAAUAUGGCCAAAGUUGUAGAAGGACAUCGCAGGUAUGCCGGAUUUCGCGGGACAAUUGUGUUGGAUAGGAGAGAAAUUGUGGAGCUUUUGGAUCUUCUCCAGAAUGGGAAACUAUCAUGGGAUCAGUUCUCAACUGCAGUUAAGGAAGUGCACAAGAACCGAAUGGGUCAACCAACACUAAGGAAAGUGAUUCCUGGGAGGCCAAAAGAGGAGGAUUACUUUUAUGCCAAUCCUCAGGAAUGCACUGGUCCUUCAAGGAUUUCAAGCAUCGAAUCUAGAGAAUUCGAUAUCUAAAGCUGUCGUUGUAGCUGCUAGUUUCUUCCCCGAUCAUGGGAUUCUUUGAUUCGGACUAUAAGGCUAUGUCAGCAGCUCCUUGUACAGCUGACUAGAUUUUAAAUAUUGCUAACUCUAGUGUCUGGGCAAACCAAAAGUCCAGAUGUUUUACAACUGCAGCUGUGGAAGAGGAUCAAGAGAAGCCAAGGUUGCGAUCGAGCUAUGACAAUCAAUGUCAGGCGAGGAAGCCAAGCAGUUGGGUUUUGGCACAAACUAGUCUGCCCCUGGGUUGAUUCGCCAUUCUUUAAUUUCUGGUCUUCGGAUUCUUGAGAUGUAUUAUUGGUUUCGGUAGGGAUGGGACUGUAACACAAAGGUCGACUAAAAUUUACGAUCUUUUCUGUCGCAAAAUAUCAUCUACAGCGGCAAUCGCAACUGCAAUUGUAACAACAAUAUGUAUCGAUGAUGGUAAGCUUAUCAUUUUUCUGAUGCUAA